AGGUAGAAAGGAGUACUACUCUGAUUUAUCAGACAUUGGUACGUCGACCGUACUGAGAAAGUGAGAAUUGAUCAUACAAUUUUUUUCCCAAGCUCAUAUAUCCCAGUUGGGCCGCAGAUCCCAGAUCAGCUGGGCCCGGAAAUGGGCUGAUUCAGACGACACAAAGUGACAGGCCUCGGCGAGCCGGCCGGCAUGUCGAUGAGCUCCCCAAUCCGAUUCCGAUGCUGUGCUGCUGCGCCACCGCAUCCCUCUCGUCUCCGUCUCCUCCCUCGCAUGCCGCCGACCCCCACGCGCGCCUCAGGGCGGCGGCAGCAUGCUCCGACCUGCCGGGCGCUAUCGCCGCCUUCGCCUCCAUGUCAUCCUCCGCCGCCGCCAACGCGGCCGCGCGCCCCGUCCUCCGCACCUUCACCGCGCUCCUCAAGCUCUGCGCGGCGCGCGCCGACCUCGCCACGGGCCGCGCCGUCCACGCGCAGCUGACCGCGCGGGGGCUCGCCUCCGAGUCCCUCGCCGCCACGGCCCUUGCCAAUAUGUACUUCAAAUGCCGCCGCCCCGUGGACGCGCGCAGGGUGUUCGACCGCAUGCCCGCCAGGGACCGCGUCGCCUGGAACGCACUCGUGGCCGGGUACGCGCGGAACGGGCUCCCCGCGCUCGCGAUGGAGGCGGUCGUCCGGAUGCAGGGGGAGGAGGGCGGGGAGCAGCCCGACUCCAUCACGCUCGUGUCGGUGCUGCCGGCCUGCGCCGACGCCCGGGUGCUCGGCGCUUGCCGAGAGGUCCACGCAUUCGCGCUCCGUGCGGGGCUCGAUGAGCUCGUCAAUGUCUCCACGGCGGUCCUUGAUGCCUACUGCAAGUGUGGUGCGGUUGAGGCGGCGAGGGCGGUCUUCGAUUGGAUGCCUGUCAGGAACUCCGUGUCUUGGAAUGCCAUGAUUGAUGGGUAUGCUGAGAACGGGAACGCCUCGGAGGCUCUGGCUUUGUUCUGGAGGAUGGUCCAGGAGGGUGUGGAUGUGACGGAUGCAGCUGUGUUGGCAGCAUUGCAAGCGUGUAGGGAGCUUGGAUGCCUCGACGAGGCAAGGCGUGUCCAUGAGCUACUUGUGAGGGUUGGCUUGAAGUCCAAUGUGUCGGUGAUGAACGCGCUUAUCACCACGUACUCCAAGUGCAAGAGGGCAGACCUUGCUGCCCAUGCGUUCAAUGAGCUGGGCAUCAAGAAGACACGGAUCUCGUGGAAUGCCAUGAUCCUCGGCUUCACACAGAAUGGAUGCUCCGAGGAUGCUGAGAGGCUCUUCGCUAGAAUGCAGUUGGAAAAUGUGAAACCAGAUUCGUUCACCUUAGUCAGCGUGAUUCCUGCAGUCGCGGAUAUUUCUGACCCGCUGCAGGCAAGAUGGAUCCAUGGGUAUUCUAUCAGGCACCAACUAGACCAGGAUAUCUAUGUCCUGACGGCCCUUAUCGACAUGUACUCCAAAUGUGGCCGUGUUACCAUAGCCAGAAAGCUCUUCGAUUCUGCAAGGGACAGGCAUGUCAUCACCUGGAAUGCAAUGAUCCAUGGUUAUGGUUCGCAUGGUUUUGGCCAGGUUGCAGUUGAGCUAUUUGAAGAGAUGAAGGGCACUGGCAGUUUGCCCAACGAGACAACUUUCCUCUCGGUCCUUGCAGCUUGCAGUCAUGCUGGUUUGGUUGAUGAAGGGCGGAAAUAUUUUGCUAGCAUGAAGGACUAUGGGCUUGAACCUGGAAUGGAGCACUAUGGUACCUUGGUGGAUCUUCUUGGACGAGCUGGGAAGGUAGAUGAAGCUUGGUCUUUCAUCCAAAACAUGCCUAUAGAACCUGGCAUUAGUGUUUACGGUGCAAUGUUAGGUGCUUGCAAGUUGCACAAGAAUGUUGAAUUGGCUGAAGAAUCAGCACAGAAAAUCUUUGAGCUGGGCCCAGAGGAGGGGGUGUACCAUGUCCUCUUGGCAAACAUUUAUGCAAACGCUUCAAUGUGGAAGGAUGUUGCGAGGGUGAGGACUGCUAUGGAGAAGAAAGGACUCCAGAAGACUCCUGGAUGGAGUAUUAUCCAGCUCAAAAAUGAGGUCCAUACCUUCUACUCCGGAAGCACAAAUCACCAGCACACAAAGGAAAUAUAUGCAAGGCUGGCUAAGCUCAUUGAAGAGAUCAAAGCUGUGGGAUAUGUGCCAGACACUGAUUCGAUACAUGAUGUGGAAGAUGAUGUCAAGGCACAGCUGCUUAACACCCACAGUGAGAGGCUUGCCAUUGCAUAUGGGCUCAUUCGAACAGCCCCUGGCACAACAAUUCAGAUAAAGAAGAACCUUCGAGUUUGUAACGACUGUCAUAAUGCAACCAAGUUAAUAUCUCUAGUGACAGGACGGGAAAUAGUCAUGAGAGAUAUUCAACGAUUUCACCAUUUUAAGGAUGGUAAAUGUUCAUGUGGAGACUACUGGUAGUGAAAUACUGAAGGCAGUCUGAACUCUGAAUAUCCAUCUUUGAGAUUAUAUAGGAAAACUUCACUGGAAUAUGAAUACAAGUAUACGAUUGAACUAACAGUCACUCUCACAAACCAUGAAUGCUUCUAUGGAGGAGCUGGCUCGAUGCCCAGGAAUUGGUGAGCAGAAGGUAAAAUGCCUCUAUGAUUCCAUGAGCCAUUCAAACGGGUUUCUGCCUGCCCAAACCUUGUAGUACCGGAUACCCCUAGACCGAGAGAAAGCAAAAGGUCAACCUUCAUCUACAGAUGGCAGUUUGCAAGAUGCGGUAGAGAAGCCAGAUGCGGCAAAGAAGAAGAAAGGUUCUGAUGUAAGGUUGUCCCUUAUUCCUUUGCCAAGUAUUCAGAGAAGAUCCGCAGCCAGGGCCAUGAUGCAGCAAACGAGGCCGGUGAAGGUAUUAGCAGCUCAACCAUGGAAGUUGUCAAGUUGACAGGGCGAGAGACUAGAUUAGUAGCAGUGGGGUUAACGGUACUAGAGAAAUGCUAGUUCGUGCCUUCCUGUUAGGUGUUAGGUGCCUGUUGUUGUUGUACUCGCAGAACAUUUUCCUAUGUAUGUUCCCCUCUUGUAACGUUCACCCUCAGAAGCAUGCAAAAUGUUCUAGCACGUAACAAAUCCUUUUGCCUCCU